CUUUCCGUCGAUACGCCCUUGCAUCACAUAUCAUGCACAUUUAUUUAAAUGUUUACAGGAGUUCUAAAGGUCGGAAAACAUGACUACAGACUUGAUCUACUGGAUACCACGGAACACCCGGAUAUUGAAGACAGACGACAAAGGUUUCCUGGAACUGACGUCAUAAUAAUAUGUUUCUCCGUAAUAAAUCCAGACUCGUUUAAAAACGUCCAGACCAAAUGGAUCCCGGAAUUGAGAAAAGCCCUGGGAGUCACACCUUUCAUUAUUCUCGGAACUCAUGUCGAUUUACGACAAGACCCAGACGUUCUUCAGCAGUUGCAGAUAAAAGGUCAAAAGCCUGUAAGUAGUCGCGUAGCCUCUGCGGCCUGCAGACGACUUGGCGGGAAAUGUUACGUGGAGUCAUCUUCUACAAUGAAAACUCGCAUGCGCCAAGCAUUAGACGAAGCCCUACUGUCUGUUUUCAAUCCUGACUUGAAUCGUUCAACCUGCUGUGUUCAAUGAUAACUGUGUAUUUUAAUAAAUAUAUAUUUAUAUUAUAUGACCAGUUGCACGUUAAUAAAAUGACGUCGGUUUUGAAAAACGCAUAUGUGCUUACCUUAAACGCUUUAUAAAUACGGACGGUUUCUUAGGAAAUUGCUAUAACUUAUACCAAAUACGGUUACCAGUAGCGUGUUAUCAUGUUACUCCUACGACGCAUGCUUUCACGGUGAUUUUAAGAACUGUGAGCAUCGGACUUAUACUGGGAUGCCAGAAAAUACUAGAGUGGUGAGUGCAUCAAGUGGUGAAGAAACAGGGGUUAUUGAAACCGACAUAUCGGAUUUAUCAAGUAUUACAAACUUAGUAGAACUAGGCCAAGUUAUUGCAGUUCGUGCCGAAAAUGACGAGUUCCUUUUGCUAGAAGCAAAGUACACAUCCUUCAUUCUAACGCUGGAUAAAACAGAUGAGUAUCAAACAACUUAUAUGGCAGGCACACGUGUUAUUGAGAGGCUUUAGUAUGAACGCAUGAAGAAAUCAAUGUUUGAGUACAGGCUUUUACCAAAACAUAGAGCAUUCGUACCUGCAUUGUCAGUUUUGCGAAUUUGUUGUCAGAUUCAGAGCAAACGAAUAAAAUUAUCUGAAGCAGUUCAUCAAACUAUAGUUGAUACAUCUGAUGAACUUUAGUGUAACUAUUAAAUCAAAGCAUCAAAAUUAUCAUUAAUCCCCAUGUACAUGUUUAAAUGUGCCUUGUACAUGAUAUCACAUUCCCAUGUUAACCCAAAGCAUCCAGUCUUGAUUGUUAAGCUAGUUUUAGCAUAUCUUGUUAUGUUUUACCCGAUUAUCACUUUGUAUAAUGCUGCUCAUUUAACUAUGCACGAAUAAAACAUAA